CUUAUUAUUACCGCCUGGUCAAACUCGUGACGUCACGAGUGACACUUCCCCCUGUCAUUAAUUUCAAAAUGGCGGAGGCUGAUUUCAAUACCGGUCAUUUGAAAUUGCAUAAAGGGAAGAAGAUUAAGAGCUAUUCAGUAGGAUUUAAGCCCCAAGCUUACAUCACACUCACAUUUUUACUGCAUGCCUUUGGUAAGUGCCGGAGCGAGAAGAGGUUUUAAAAUAGUGCACGCUUACUUUUACCGCAUGCCUUUGGUAAGUGCAGGAGUGAGAAGAUGUUUUAAAAUAUUUAGGAAAUACGGUAAUUUUGUUGGAUUAAUAAAAAAAAAAAAUCGAUUUAAAGAAAAAAAGAGAAUCGAUUCUUAAUCGCACAACGUGAGAAUCGCGAUUCGUUUUCAUAUCGAUUUUUACCCACUCCCCUACUACAGUGUCUCCUCCUCCCUGCUCUGCAGCGACCCCCGAAAGGGACAAGUGGUAGCAACGGUGUCUGCUCGUCCUCCCCGCCCUGCAGCAGCACCAGUGCAGCCGCCCACUGACAGCAAGGGCGCCCCCUGGUGGUGAGCCAUCGCACCGGCCAGCCGCCUCGCCUUCCUCCGAUCGUGCAACCCCAUGUUUCUUCCGGACCCCGGAGAUGUAAAGACUCUUUUGGAGCCCGGAUGCCUUCCAGCUGGCUCGGAUGCUAAGAUGCCUUUGACGGGCUCAGAAUCAAACAACAAGAAGCUGCUUUUGAGCCAUUUCAGGAGCGUGGACAUGUUCUGAACGAGCGGCGGAAUGAGAGCGGCGAGAAGACCGAGGCAGACGCUGCUCCUCCCCCGGCUCUGCGUCGCUGCUGUCGGUCUGCUUGCAGCCGCCUGGCUGGUGCAUCCCGGUGAUGUCACAGCCUUUCAUGGACCCACUGGAGAUGAUAACAUCUUCCUAUCCAAAAAGGAGGUCGCCACACAGAAAGAUAACAACCACAGCACAGAUUCAAAAUCUGCAAUCAGUGAGUUUCCUCAAGACAUUUUUAGUCUGGAGCAGAGGAGAGAGGGAGCCGUCGUCCUCCAUGUGCUCUGUGCUAUCUACAUGUUUCAUGCCCUGGCCAUAGUGUGUGAUGUUUAUUUUGUGCCCUCAUUGGAAAAAGUCUCAGAGAACCUGCAACUUAGCCAGGAUGUUGCUGGGGCAACCUUCAUGGCAGCUGGAAGCUCUGCCCCUGAGCUCUUCACCUCCUUGAUCGGAGUGUUUAUCACAAAAGGGGACGUAGGUGUGGGAACAAUCGUGGGAUCAGCCGUCUUUAACAUCCUGGUCAUCAUUGGUCUCUGUGGCAUCUUUGCAGUACAGCCAAUCUCUCUGAGCUGGUGGCCUCUGUUUCGCGAUGCUGUCUUCUACAUCUUUUCCAUCAUCGUGCUCAUCAUAGUGAUCUACGAUGAAAAAGUCCAGUGGUGGGAGACAAUUGUGCUGAUCUCCAUGUAUGGACUGUACAUCGUUAUCAUGAAGUUCAAUGGCUCCCUGUGCAGCCUGGUAGAGAGGCACUGCAGUCCCGGAGGUCAGCCAUGUUUGAGCAGCCUGCGCCGGACAACAGCGGUGGGAAAUGCCGGAGACUGUGACGCCGAUAUUGUGCCACUCAAGUCAGACUCUUGCGCGGUGGUCGGUCAAAACUCAGGAGUGGUGAUGGUGGAUGAGCUGCUCAACCUGCAUCCUCACCAGCUCACCUUCUCAGAGGCAAGCCUCCGCCUUCUCAUCACCUCGCAUUUCCCCCCCUACACCCGCCUGCGCAUGGCGGGACGCAUGGUCAUCAACGAGAGACAAAGGCUGAUCCGGGCUCAGGCCGGCGCCAAAGAGGGCGGACCAUCAGUGGACGACGGCGCCGCAGGGCCGUGGGGGAGAGAGAACGGGUUGGCGGCCGUGGCGGACGCUCAGCCUUUGGAGGCGGAGAGACCGGUGGGGAAGGAGCCCGGACGGCAGCUUGGGGGCGGGACCAAAGACGAGGACGAGGAGCAGGAGGAAGAGCAGGAGCAAGAGCAGGAGGAGGAAGAGGAGGAGAAUAGUCCGUUUAAACCUUUCAUCAUACCAGAGGGCUGGUGUGUGCGUGCGAAGUGGCUGCUGUCGUGGCCCGUCAGCCUGGUGCUCCACUGCAGCAUGCCCGACUGCACACUUCCACAGUGGCAACACUGCUACCUGCUGACCUUCCUCACCUCCACACUCUGGAUCGCCCUCUUCUCCUACCUCAUGGUCUGGAUGGUGUCCAUCAUCAGCUACACACUUGGGAUCCCCGAGGUCAUCAUGGGCAUCACCUUCCUGGCGGCCGGCACCAGUGUCCCUGACUGCAUGUCCAGCCUCAUCGUGGCCCGCCAGGGCCUGGGAGACAUGGCCGUGUCCAACUCCAUCGGCAGCAACAUCUUUGACGUGCUGCUGGGUCUGGGCUUCCCCUGGGCUCUGAGGACUCUGGUGGUCAGCUACGGCUCAGUGGUGACAAUCAACAGCAGAGGCCUGGUUUACUCCGUCAUCCUUCUCUUGGCCUCAGUGACUCUCACUGUCCUGUGUGUGCACCUGAACCGCUGGAAGUUGGACCGCAGGCUGGGCGUCUGGCUCCUGCUGCUCUACGCCAUCUUCCUCUUUUGCUCCAUCGGCUUUGAGUGGCUGUAGAGAAGACGCACUUUGGCGUUUUUUCACUACAGUCAAUUUCAUAAGAGCUCCUUUUGAUAUGAGAGGGUUUUGUACCUGCAACACAACUCUAGAAUACAGUUGGAAUGUCCUCUUCAGUACAUAGUCCAUCAUGACUCGCGCUCGCUCAGCUGAAAGUGGCGUGUGACAGAAAGUUGUUUACAAGUGUUUGAUUGUUUGUGCCAGGAAGAAGUGCUGCUCUGUUAUUGUCGGGGAAAUUAAAACGCCGCGUUACGUGAAAAUCA